UCUCUCAUCUUCAUGUGCUUGGAUUACAACUUCUAUGACUUUACUACCUUCUGGUAAUACCCCCUUUAUGUGUUACCCUAAUUUUUUUUUAUUAUUAUAGUAUAUGAUUAGCGACUUUCUGGGUUCUGUCUGAAAGUUUGAACCAAUGGAAAAAGGAUUAUGAUAAACCAAAUAUGUAAAACUUCGAAUACUUUUUUUUCUUAAAGUUUCGAAUAGGGUUCCUCUCUGUUUGUAUAAUUUACCCAUAAUUGUUGAGAAUUCUGGCUUUUGAUCAAACAUUUGGUCCUGCUCGUGGUAGUUGGGGUCAAAAACGGUUAUCUCGAAAUAUCGUCUAAAAUCACCUUUCCUUACUGAGAAUUUCUCGACAUACUCUCAACAAAAGUUCUCGAGUGUAAGUUUCAAAGAGAGACGAACCCCGAAACUAAAAAAAACAGUCCAGCUCAACCGUUCAACGAACUGAUCCCAUCCGGCUCGACAGAUGACCGAUUUGGAUCGAACACGCGACCAGCUCGACCAUCCGCCGAGCUGAAUCGAACGCCCGACCAGCUCGGCCAUCCGCCGAUCUGGAACAAACGUGCUGUUAUCAUCCCAUCCGCAAAGCUCCUCUCCCAAGAUUAUAUCAAACUCGCUCAUGUUUCGUCUCGAUCGGAGGAACCAAUGGAACUUUACCACAAGAACUCAUUUUCUCGGAUAACAUUCGGAUUGAUCGUAUAAAAUGGCAAAAGUUAGCUGAACACCUAGAAUUGCCUAAGCUAUACGAGGAAUUUGAAUGUUCUUGGGGAACGACCUCAUUUCGAAAGCACUCUUUUUAUAAAAUCUUAAAAACGCCUAAGUCGGAAAAUGGCCCGAAAGGGCCCAUGACGCGGCAAAGAGCCUACUUACGAUUUUAUGCGGAAUCAAGCCCAGUCGAUACGACGGUUUAUCAUUUGUUACCCAGAAGAAGAUAAAUGGCAAGUUCGGAGGAUAAAUAAGAAGUUUCCGAAGAUAAACACAGAGAUAGAAGAAAAAUGGAAUGUUUCCACGAAGUGAUAAACUAAACCAAAGACAAAACAAGGAAAGGGGAACCGACCUAGAGGGAUAUAUAUAAGGAGCCGAAGCCAGGGGCGAGGGGGAGAGAUUUUUAGACCUAGAAAACUCUGCUAGCUUAGGAAAACUUAGAAUUUAGGCGGCUCGAUUUUACUUAAGACUCUUUUUGUUCUUGUUCUAAGAUUAACAUGGCUAGCGAAACUCUGUCCGUCUUGUCUCAUGCAAAUCAUGUAAUCUUUUUCUUUUAUUAAUCAAUAAUACGCCGCUGUGCAAUUUACUUUCGAUAUUCUGUUAUCUUUGUCUCUUUCGUUUUUCGUGGUUUAUGCAGAUAAUCCGGGACCUCUGGGAAAUUUAGGGUUUCUAUCUUUCCUUAUUUUACAGAAAAUCGACAGUGCGUAUUUCGGUUCCCACAGUAGUUUUGAUCAAAACAUUUGAGGAUAUGGUUUCGUCUCUGUUCGUGUUUUGUUCAGACAGUUGAAGACAUGUUUUUGUCUCUGUUGUUUUCAUGGAAAAAUUGAGGAUAGGGUUUGGUCUAUGUUUGUGGUUUUGAGGAUAGGGUUCGGUUCCAUGAUCUCUGAUGUUUUGUUUAUUGGUUGAACUUGCUUUAGUGAACGUUCUUAGGGAAAACUGAAUCAAACAAACUAUUGUUACCUACACCAUUUUGAUUCCAAGUUCUGUGCAGAUCCAGUAAAGUCCACUACUAUUUCUACUUUUUUUUCUUCAUGUUUUGAACAAAACCAGUUAAUAACGAGUUGCCGUUUUAAAUUUUAAGAGUAUCAGGGACAUUGAAGUAUGCUUUUCAUUAGGAGAGAAUUAUCACAUUUAAUUAAAACAUACACAAACCGAGCUACUCACACUAGUAAAACAUUGUUUUGGCUUAGAUAAUAUAAGCUUUUCCUUAAUGUAUUUCUCUGGCAUGAUCAUUGCAUAGUUAUAUGCACAUGAAGGACAUCAUUAAUCCUAUUAUAUGAGAUUGUUUUUUUAAUAGAAUAAUGUAGGUUACUGUCAUUUUAAUUCAGUCCAAAAAUAUUUAUUAAAAAUAAUAACAUGAUCUCUGAAUUCUAUUUAUUUUUUUGUUUGUUUAUAAUAUCAUUUUCAAUCUACAAUUUUUUAAAAAAAAUGCUUCAUAAAAUUAAGAUAAAUUCAUAUAAAAUAGUUUUUUAUAACUUCCCUUCAGUAGGGCGGGCCAAUCCUAGUAUAUAUAUAUAUAUAUAUCUAAAGGUUCUUCAUAUUAACACACUCUUAGUAAAACCACUGGACAAAUGGAGCUUACACAAUGAUUUACAAUCUCUUAGAUGCAUAUCUAUACUAGCUUCAAAAUCCGAUAUUAAUUUUCACUCUUCCUAAUCCAAAAAAUCAUACCGUACUGCAGGGACAUCGUCCUCGACACCCUCCAAAUAUCGACCUUGAUUACGAGUCAAUUCUUCUUCACGUCUACGCAUGUAGCCUUUAUUGGUGUACAAAGAGUUAAGCCACUUCCAAAAUAAAUAAACAUCACAUUGACAAAAAAUAUCUACAAGAUUUUUUUAUCCAAUCUAUCUUUUGGGGAAAACUUCUUAUGCUUUUAGCAUCGUCAAAAUGGUGCAAAUCCAAGUAAUGCAUGAACUUAUCCGUUGUAACGGGAUUGGUCAAUAUGUCAGCUGCAUUUUCGACGUAUGCACAUUUCUAAUAAGACUUCUCCAGAAGAUACUACCUCCCUUACUUUGUGAAUCCUUAUAGCUAUGUGAUUUGUCCUUGCAUCAUAAACUUGAUUCUUGCCCAAACAGACCACACUAUUCUAUCAUAGUCUAACUGAACAUUUCCUUAAUCAACUAUCAACUCUCAACUCAGAUACAAGUCCUCGUACCCAAACUACUUCCUUAGCUGCUUCUUUAAGUGCCAUAUUCAGCUUCCUCAGUCAAUAUCACUACCAUUGAUUGUUGCCCCGAUCUCUAACAUAUUGGUCAUCCUGCAAGGGUAAAAUGUAUAUUGUUGUUGACCGUUAAUUGCCAAGACCUCCACCAUAAUAUGAAUCCACGAAUCCACAAAUAAACCACACUCUUAACCUCCGAACAUAAGCCCAUAGUCACUGUUCCUUAUAAGCAUCAUAGAAUCCACUCAAUGAUUUUUACUAGGAUCUGACAUAUAUUUACUAACUUGACUAGUUUGUGCUAGAUCUGGUCUAGUACACUUUAUUGCAAAUAUUAGGCAUCCAACUGCGCAAGCAUAUGAACAUGUACCAUAUCUUUGAUCUCCGUAGCAGACUUAGUAUACUAAUUUGCUGAAAGUAUGAAGUGUUUCGCAAAUGUGUAGAAACCAAUUUUGCCUUUAACUUGUCAAAAUGUUUUAAGACCUUUUCAAUGUAAUUCUUUCAAAAAAACUAUAAUCUCUUAAAUUUUCUUUUCAUAUGAAUUUUUUUUUUAUCACCAAGAUCUUUCAUCUCAAGUUCAUCUCCAGCAACCCUUUGAAACGAUCAAUAGCUUUUAAUGUUUCUCAGAAAUAAGCAUAUUAUCAAAUAUAUAACAGUAGGAAUAUGAGAGAAUGACUGUAAAAAAAAACUUAAUGUAAAAGCAGCAAUUAUACUUGUAACUUUGAUAACAUAUUUUUAACAUAUAGGAGUCAAAAUGUUUGUACAACUCUUUAAGAACAUGCUUCAGUCUGUAGAGAGAUUUUUUCAAUCUACACACAAGAUGAUCUUCUGCAAGUUUAACAAAACCUUCAUAUUGCUCUCUCUCUAUAUAUCGCGUCCACCAAAUCUUCACGAAGAAAGUUUGUUUUACAUCCAUUUGGUCCAGGUGUAAAUCUCAGUUAGCCACCAAACCUUGGACAACUUGUAUGGAAGUGUUCCUUACUACAAUGAGAAUAUCUCAUUGUAUUCGAUUAUUAUCCUUUGCAAGUACCCUUUUGAUACCAAUCUUGCCUUAAACGUUACUUCUUCUUUUUCAGACAUCCUUGUUUUCUUCUUGAAAACCCACUUACAACUUAUUUCCUUCUUCCCUUCCGUUAACUCCAUAAGAUCCCAAGUCCAAUUCUUCUCUACACUUACUGACUCUUUCGUCACUGAAUCAAUCCCUUCCUACUUAUUGUCUUAAUAGCUUCCCGAUAAUCAGAUGGAUCACCGUUUUGGCCAUAAAAGCAUAAUUUUUCAUGUCUUCAAAAUCGAAACUGGCAAAGGUAGUAUUGCAUGUUCUGGUAUUUUAGCAGCCAUACUCUCUUUCGUUUCAUGUUGAUCUUCUUUGUGCCAUUUUCCGCAAACCACUCAUCACUAACUGCUUUUGGUUUAUCUCCACAGAAUUCUGAUGGGUUAUUAUAAAAUAUGUGUAAGUCUCAAUGAUCACAUACAGUCUGUCUGAUCUCGCAUACACUAUAUAUUGCUCAUCAAAAACCAUGAAUCGAAUAACAUGCUCUUCUUGCCUCAUGAUCCCACAAUUUAAAACCUUUUAUACAUUUUUCGAAUCCUAGAAAGAUGCACUUCUUGGAUUUUGAAUCCAAAUAUGACCUUUUCGUCACCCAAAACUAACAUGCAAGAUUGAUACCAAAUAUCCACAAGUUUGAUGGAUCAAAUAUCUAUUUCAGUCCAUAAUUAUUUUGUGAAUUUCUAUUCUAUGUAACUCCUUACACAUCUAUUGAUAACGUAGACCAUCAUGUGUACUGCUUCUAUCCAAAACUUCUUUGGUAAUCAAAUAUACAACCUCAAACACAUUAAUGCUUUCUCUACUGUUCUGAGGUGUUUUACGCACUGUAAAAUGCCUUUGAAUAUAUUCUAUUUACAAAACCUCUGGAACCCUCCAUCAAUAUACUUUGUACCAUUAUCCAAUCUCAAGUACUUCACUUUUCUCUUUGUUUAAUUACCUACUUCAGCUUUUCAAAUCUUGAAGUCCACAAAUACUUCAAAGUUUUUCCUUAUAACAUAUACUAGUCAAACCUUCCUUAUUAGUCCCAAUGAUUGUUCUCGAGUUGGUCCCCACACAUAAGAAUGAACAUAGUUUAUGAGAAAUUUUGUCGUGUGUUUCCCAUAUUGAAAGAUACCUUGGAUUGUUUUCCCAUCACAAAAUAUAUGUAAAACUCCAUCUUGAAACUCUUCAAGCCGUUGAAAAGACCCUUUAUCAUGAGUUCUUUCAACCCAUGCUCUCUGAAUUGGCCCAUACGAUAUGCCAUAUAGAUGUGCCUCCGACUUAAAACUGCAGCUGUGAGUCUACGUACAGUCACUUUCCCUAUCAACCGAUACAUGCUUUCGGAUGUCAUAUGCCCUUUCAUCACCAACAUAGAUCCAUUGAAUACCUUCCAUAUUUCUCCGUCAUCAAAUUUGAAUUAGAAGCCAUGUAUGAAGCAUUCUCCGAGGUAUAAGAUUUUUCAUCAUGACUGGAAUAUGUCUGACAUCAUUCGGAGUCUCGAUCGUGCAAUCAUAUAUCUGAAACUUGACUUGUCCAAUUCAUAUGACACUACAAAAUUUGUCGUCCACUAAUGAAACAUAACACAUGUGUCCAGCCGUAUAUGUCUAAGACCACUCUUUACUAGGAUUCAUGUGGAGUGAAGCACUCGUAUCCAUUAUCCAAGAAUCUGAGUGAUCUCCUGAUGUCGCAACAAGCAUGCCAGAAUCGGCUGAUCCGUCUGAGUCGUCGUUCUUCUGAACCACGUUUGCAGAACCCAAACUUUCUUUCGAAUUAUGCUAUUUUCAGGAUAAUGUCUUCUUUUAUGACUAGCUUUACCACACUUAUAUCAUACUAACACCUUCUUCUAGAAAUUUUUCUUUUAUAUAUUCUUACUAGAACUAUCUGGAUGCUUUUCCGGCUGCUUUCAUUAUUUAUCAUGAUUGACCUAUAAUCAGUCACUUGAGAGUUGUCGUUCAUCCCAGUAUUUUGUUGUUUUUCAUGAUGCGAGAGCAACACUACAGUAACUGUCUCCAGCUUUUUAGUCAUCUUGUUGACAUUUAGAACUUUCAAAGCGUCUCAUAUUGAAAAUGUACAUAACACAUCAAGAUCAUGGCUUGAUCUUCGUCAGCAAUAUUCACAUCCACACACAUCAUAUCUGGUUUGAUUUAAAUUGUUGACAUGCAUUACAAAACCUCCUCUCUCAGACAUCUUCAAAGCUAACAACCUCUAUUUGAGGUAUAGCUUGCUAAAGAAAGAUUUUGACUUGUACAUUUUCUCCAAUUUAUCCUACAUCUGUUUUCAACUUGUGAAAUCCAUCACCUCAAGUUGUUAUGUCGUCUGGCAACAUAAUCAAAUAGCUGAGACAUCAUCUAGUCUUAAUCAUUUGUACGAUGGGUUCCGGUUUUGAAUCUAAUAUAGUCUUCUUCAUCCCUUCAUGUGUUAGAAAAUCAUUAAUUGGUUGUUGCCAGAUACCAAAGUUUCAUUUUCCGUUGAACCGCGGAAAGUCAAACUUAAGAGAACUUUUUCUGGUCAUUCUUUAAGGUUGUUACUACCUUGAAUUGAUACCAUCUAUUCCGAAGAAAUGCGAAUUAAGAUCAAGAAAACAAAAAAAAGGAAGCACAAAACAUAAUUGAGGAAAAUACCCAUUUAAAGGUUUUAUACUGAUUUAUGUGAAUAAUUAUUUACAAUCCAAUUAAAUCUGUAUUUAUAUUGACCUCAAAACCCAACCUAUUACUAAAGAUAAUUUUCCUAAUCUUGAAAAGCAUAAUAUACUGUGGAGGCCGAACACUCCUAGAUGUCGACCUUAUCACGAGUCAAUUUUCUUAUGCUUACAAUGACUGAAUUCUGCCGGACUUAAUUAGUGUGGUGUUUACUGGUAUAGAGAGAUUCAAUCAUUUCUAGAAUCAACAUAUCUUUUUUGCUUUGGUAUUUGAUUUAUAAUUUAAAACUAUAAAACAUAAAAUUAAUAACUUGUUGUGGAUUAGUACAAAAAAUGUAUGGAAGGGUUGUAAAUGAAAACGAUACAAAAGACUAUAUUCUUUAAUUUUCAUUCAAUUUGAUAUUUCAUAUAUAACAACAUAACUUUUUCUGUCAGUUUAAUUGUUGUUGAUAAUAAUAAUCGUAAACUUUAUAUUCAUAGUUAUAAUAAAGAACUAGAUUUUGACCCGUGCUUUCGAAGCGCGGGUUAUUUUGGAUUAUAUUUUUUUGAAAUAAAAUAGUAUAUUCUAAUUAUUAUAUAUUAUUAUGUUAAAAGUUGUAUUAUAUUGAAGAAUAUUUUUUUAAAUUAUAUAAUUUAUGAAUUAGUUUAUUUGAAAUUUUGUAUGUACACACUUUUAUGUAAUUCUCUCUUAUGCUUGAGCAUUUUACUCAUACCCAAAAACUGAACCGAAACCAACUAAAAAAAUACAGAUUUGGAUUUAGUCCGAGUCCAGAGCAAAGUAACUAUUGGAUAUUUUUUGGACCCGCAUGUGUUUGUCGAGUCCAUGUCUUACCCAAGACCCGAUCAUGUAUCCAAAAAUACCCAAAAUAUUUUGUGUAUAUUAGUUAUUUUUGAGAAUUUCAAUUGAAUAAUUUUAGUUAUCAGGUUUGUGUUUUCGGUUAUAGUUUCGGGUUUCAGGUACAAUUUAAAAUUUUAAAAUAUAAUAUUAGGUAUUUUUUAGUUCCUUGGAUCAGAUUUCAGGUAAACUUUUGGAUCUUUUUAGAUAUUUGAAUAUUUUGAGUAUUUGUUUGAGUAUUCGGGUAUGUCUUUGUGUUGUGUGUUUUCCGGCUUUUCAAAUAUUUUUGGGAUUUUGGGUAUUUCAAGUCUUUUUCGGGUAUUAGACAUCCGAACCGAUCUGGACCUGUUAUGUAUCCAAAACGUACAUGUGUUUCGCGUAUAUUUGAGUUAUGGAUUUGUAGCGGAAAAGAACCAACCCAAACCUAAAAUUUUUAAAUUAGGUCUAAAUACAUAAAUUAUUAUAUGAAUAUGUCUGAAUAUAAUUUUGGUUUUGGUUAUGUAUUGGCCAUCGUUUAAGAUUAUAAUAGAGACAUUAUGAUUCACGUGAAUUAAUAGUGUAUUAUAUGUUAACCAUAUGACUUAAGAAAAUAAAGGUAAUACUAAAUAAGAAUGAUAUUAUAAGGAUAUAAUCGUAGAUUUUUAUAGAUAAUAUUCUAAGGAUAUUAAUGAUACUCUAGAUCAGAAUCUUAUAUAUAGGAGCUAAUACUUUUAGGAGAUAUUUAAAAAGAUUAUUUAGUUGGUCUAGGUAAAUUAAUGAAAUGGUGCAACACUUUGUUUAAGUAGAUUUUUAAAACUCAUUCUCUUUUAAUAGUAUAGAUAAUAGGAGCCAUUUGAAAUAUUCAAAAUUUUGUAUGGUUAGAAUAAUUAGUGGUAGGAUAAAAAUAAUAGAAUAGUUAUACAUUGGUUCAACAAUCUUUUUAUAGUAGAUUUUAAGAAUGAUUCAUUUUUAUUAGAAUAGAUAUAUGUACAUAAAAUUUUAUAUGAUUAUGUCUCGAUAUAAUUUUGGUUUUGGUGAUGUAUUUAGCUGUCGAUUAAAAUUAGAAUGAAGACACUAUAAUUCACAUGAAAUACUAAUGUAUUAUAGAUGGUAACAUCUUUUUGUUGACAUAUGUCAACUAUUACGUAGAAAAAUAAAAGUACUACUAUCAAUGAAUAUUUAUGUAGCUGUCGUAGAUGUAUAUUAUGAUAUUCUAAGGAUGUUUAUGAUGGUUGCAUAAAAAAAGAUAAUAAUGAUAUUCAAAUUCAGAGUCGUACAUAUGAUAAUUAUUAGGAGAUAUUUAGGGAGAUUAUUUAGUUGGUCUACAAAAUACUAAUGAAAGGGUUCAACAACCUUUCGUAGGUAAUUUUUAAAAAAUUCUUCCCUUUUAAUAGUAUAGAUUAUACGUAAAUUAGAUGUGUGCCUGUGUGUGUGCAUCUGGAGGUAUCCACGCGCAUACACGCUUACCCAAGAGGCCAAAACCAUAAGUGGUACCAAUAGUGGAAUCGGUCAAAACACUAUUUACAUCUACUUUACAAAGUAUUAUGGUUUAUAAUAUUCAAAAUCAUGAGCAAAUCAAGGAGUAUAAAAUUAGUUACAGAAUUUCCAAAAAGCAACCUUCAAACAGAAACAAGAAAACUGACUUCGAUCAGCUUGAACCUAACCAUUGGGUAUAUAUAUAAACUAGAGCUUGAUCCAUGCGGAUGUGUUGGUUUUUACGUUUUUUUUUUAUAAAUUGUUCAGUGAUAUUUCUAAACACAUAGUUUUUUUGUUUACUUAAAAUUUUUAUACAUCAGAAUCGAACUCAUCUAGACUCGGAAGGAACGGACUCAAUCCCCACCCAAAAUUUUAUAAUACUCGGGCAGAGCCAUAUUAAAAAAAAACUCAAUAACAAAAAGAACAUAUUAUUAUCCGAAUGGAUACCUAAAUACACAUAGUUAACUGAUUAUGUAAACAAAUAAAAAGUUCUUUGUUAACUGGUUUGAAUUCUUGUUACGAAUGAAAACAAUCAUUCAAAUAUUUAGAAUAUUAUGGUUAACACGUAAAGUAAAUGAUAUCAAAUUACUAUGGCGAAUACAACUAAUGAAGUAUUUAAGAAGUGUGAAAAAGAAUGUAAAAGAUAUACUAAAGCAUUUAAAAUAAGUUGUUUUAUACUUUUAUAAUAAAUGCUGUCAAAUUAUUUGAAAAAUAGAAAUUAAUCUAAACUAUUAAAACUUAAGUACAUUUUGUACUUAACCCUGACGUAUCCCUAAUAUUUAAAAUUUUCUGCCAUUGGCCUAUUAAACUGUCGUUUUAAUUAUACCAUUUUCUUAAACAUAUCUCUUAUAUCAGUUUUCUCCCGUCAUUGUCUUCCGAAUGUUAAACAAAAAAGUCAUGAACAACAAAAAGAUAACCAACCAUAUGGAGAUCGAUAAUUCAUGUAAUUUUUUCGAUCUCACUAGCUGCCAGCUCUAAAGUCUCGAUGCAUUCGGGUUGUCGCCGACGCUAAUGGAGGUGGAUCUAUCGGAAUCAGAAUAGGCUCGACGUCAGAAUCCUCUAUUAGGUUCUAGGCUUCUAGCAAAGAGAAAGCUUCUUGAGUGUUGCGAGGCGUACAUCGUCAAUGCCUCUUUGGAGGUCUAAGGAUCAGAAUGUAUGAGCCGAUGGAUUUCAAAACUACUUCUUUCUUGCUCUGGAAACGUGCUAAUUCAGUUUUUUUUUUUGCUGUAGUUACUACUCAAAAUCUUAACCAAUAUGUUUUCAUCAGGUUACAAACUUGUAUGUUGGGAAACACCAUGUUAGUGAGUUCUGUUGAACACAAACCAAACUCAUUUCGCAUCUCUCCCUCGAGCUUUCUCUGUCGAGACUUCGCCUUCAUCUCCAAAAAUCCUUAUGUUUAUCUUUUGGUAACUUGCUUUAAUUAUUUAUUUAUGUUUCUGACUAAAUAAUUUAUUUAUUUUAAAAAAAUUCAGUAUCAAAUUUGAACUUUUUAUUCAGCUUUAAAUCAAAAUAGUUAAAACAUAAUUAAAUAAAACCCACAACUAUACUUACAACUCAAAUAUUUUAUAUUUUAUAUUUUAAUAUUUAAUUUACCAAAUAAAAUGAAUAAAACACAAUAAAAAAAACACGAUCUCAUAAUUUAUAAAUAGAAGCUAAACACAUUGAACAUGAUAUACUAAUCUCUAAACUGAAUAAUACAUGAAUCUAUAACAAUAACAUAAACAAUUAAGUUUAUGGCGUUGACAAAAGUUAAAAAUAUAUAAUUAUGAAAAACAAAAACCCGUGCGGACGCGCAGAUCAAAAGCUAGUAACGUAAUUAAAUUAAGUGAAAAUAAAGAAAGAAAAAAUGUAAUAAAUUAUUGAAAAUAAUAUUUGUUCUAUUUUGUAUUUCAGUUUUAAUAAAAUAGAUUAGACAUAAAUGGCAAGUUGGAAAUUUUCAAUAUGAUUCUACAGUUAAUCAGAUAUAUUUGUUGGUGUGAGGUAAAUAUGCAUGAAUUUUCUUGUGGGAAUCUAAAAGACUAGACAACAAAUUUCACGAGCUUCUAAAAGAUAGGAAUCCAUGAGAGGGGUUGUUACAUUAGUUCAGAAAACUUUGUGGAAGCCUUUCUGUUUUGUAUCUGUCUCUAACCAAUGCAUCUAGGAGGUAAUGGACAAAAAGCCCAAUAGCUUUCAAUCAAUUUAUGGAUAGGGGAAUCUCAACGCUAAAGUUGAUUGCUUAAACUAUUUUAACAUUAAAAAUUUGCAGUUGUAAAGAUAAAAUUCUCAACCUCUCUUAAAAAAAAAAAAAAAAUUCUCAACCUCUUUUCUAUCAACAUGUUUUUGCCAAACACAAGAAUUGUUCUUAAAACCAAAACUAUAAAUAUUCUUUAACUAGUUUUAUUGUUUCCCGCGGAAGAGAAAAGAACAAUCAUAAGAAAGCUAGAAAUUUGUCCCAAAAAAAAAACGCUGGAAAAAAUCAUACGAAAGCUGCUUUUUUUGGGUGAAUAAAGGGAAAGUGCAACACUAUAACCUUAACAUUCCCGAUUCUGGAAAUAGAACUAUAAAACAGAAAAUAAAAAGGGAAAAUUGCCAAAACAGAAUAAAAAAAUAGAAUGGUUGUCCCUAUGGUAUAAAUUCAAACUAAAAUUGUUCCUAUAGUAUAAUUUUCUUCAUAAUACCAAAAUUAACCUUAAAUUAAUUCCAUUAUUAAUGAUUAAUUGUAUUUAAAAAAAAUAGGGAAAUCAGUUUGUUUAAAUGGGGAAAGAGUUUAAAAAAAAAUAAAACAAAACACGGUAGCCUCUAAUUCCCCGUAACCCUAAAAAAAAAACAAUCACGGUAGCCUCUCUCUUUCACGGCGACGAAGAAGGCGAUUGCGUCUUCUCCGGUGAAAUCAACGGCGAGUGCUUACGCCACCGGUGGAAGCCCUUUCUCUCUUCCUACCGGUGGAACCCCUUUGUCUGGAUCUCUUUCUAUCUCGACAAACAAAGGCGAUUUAUUAGGUUCUCUUGGUCGUUGGUGAAAUCGAGUUUGUCUUCAACCUCCCCGCCUCUCUCUUUCUCCGACAUUGCUAGCACAUAAGGUGAUUUAUUAGGUUCUCUUGGUCGUUGGUGAAAUCGAGUUUGUCUUCAACCUCCCCGCCUCUCUCUUGCUCCGACAUUGCUAGCACAUAAGAUAUGGAGUUAGAGCUACCUAAGCGAGUGUAUGCAGAGGGUUUAGAACCUCAGGUGAAGAAGAUCAAUAACUGCUGCCGCAUGGAACUUAUCAGAGAUCUGAAGAAAGCUAUGCCUGCGGAGUACGAUGAUGUCAAGAUAGAUCCUCUUUUCAAACAUAUCAUGGCGAUUGCGGAAAAUAACCUCAAGUUUUCGGAGAAAUUGGUGGAUAGCUUCUUGUGUAAGCAGCUGAUUACCUCGAAGAUGCAUGAGAAGUGGUUUGUAUUUGCGAGGAAGCCUCUCCGAUUUUCGCUUCAGGAGUACCACGCUGUGACAGGUCUCAAGAUCUCGCGGGAAAGUAGCUGUGACGUAGUUAAAUGGAAAAGUGAUGGCGGAUUUUGGAGUGAACUACUAAGGACAGGUGGUAAGAUCACCUUGCAGUCGAUCAAAAAGGUGCAUCUACAAGAAGUUCACAGCUGGUCUCGGCGUGAUAGGAUGAGGUUGAUCUACUUGUGUGUGAUAAUGGGUGUUGUGAUGGGGAGAGAUGAGAAGGUGAACAUCCCUCAUAUGUACAUCAAGCUGGUGAUGGAUCUUGAGAAGCUUCGGAACUUCCAUUGGGGUCUUCACUCCUAUGACUUCUUACUGAGUUCCAUUGAGAAGGUUAGGAAGAAGUUGGGUAAGAAGAACAGCUACAUUUUCGAGGGGUUCUCCUAUGCGUUCCAGAUUUGGAUUAUGGAAGCAAUUCCGGAUUUUGGAGAAAUAUGUGGCAGCAAAGUCUCGGACAGUUUCAGUGGUCCAAGGUGUGGAAAUUGGAAAGGAGUUGCAAAAGUUUCUUAUGAAGACAUCAUUCAACUUGAGGAAUCGUUUACUGAGAAGGGAGACUUGUUCUCGGUAAUUUCAGUGAGUGGCAAUGGUGAUGUGUUGAGGCAUGCUGAUUAUACAAGGAAGGAUGAGAUGGAAGAUGAACGUGUGGACCUUCUUCUCGAUAGGAUUAAAAAGAACUUUGAUUGGAGCAACACAGAAUGGCCAGUUAUAGAGGCUGAAGAGACUGAGAUGGAGAAAGCCGAUACAGAGUCAGAAGCUGAUAAGAGUGUGGAUGCUACUGAUAUUGCAGCAGAUGUGGAGACAUCUUCGGUCCAUGUUGCUGGAAGAGGCAAGAGAAAGAUUUAGGAUGAAGGAGCCGAGACAAGAAAGAAGAAGUUGCUGUGUAAGCGAACAGCAGAAAAAAAACAGAGUAUUGAUCAAGAAACUAAGAGUUUCAUUGAGGGUUUGGUCCACUCAUCUGUCAAUUCCUUGGGAGAAAUACUCAGAGAGCAGAUGGCGAGUAUGGAGAGCAUGUUCAAAGAGAGGAUCGGCAACAUGGAGAUCGAGGUUUCACAACUCAGGGAAGCAAUCAGUUUGAGUGCCGAAGGAAGCGUUCCUAAGAGCAAAACCGAUGAAGCUGCGCCUAAGACCAAAACCGUCCAAACUCCAGCAAAGAAAAGGUCAAUCAAGCUCAAGUUCCAGCAAAGAAAAAGGUACUUCCGAAAAGAAAGUGUAGAAGUUGAUGUACUUGUAUCAUUGUUUAGCUGUGUUAGGGUGCUGGAGCUAGUCUUUUGGAGUUAGGUUGUUCUUGGAACUUAACAUUUUCAUCACGGUGUAAUAUUAUGUAAAACUUUCGGAUAUUGUAAUAGGUUUAUAUUGUAUAAUAUGCUAGAAUGUUUGUGUAAUGAUAAAGACAUGAAUCUAAUGCUUUGUUUGUGUUUUGAUUGAAAGAGUUCUUAAAUAUUUAUUUUUUUUAAUGAAUAGGAUGGUUUAAAGAAUGGUAUAGAAACUAACGAGUUUGACUUUGGAUUGAGCACACAAGAAUUAAGGGAAUUGUCCCAAGAUACAUUUGUUGAUGGGUUUGAUCUUUCUCAAGUGAAAGUCGAAAACUCUAGACCCUUCAACAUGUCCCCACCAAAGCUACUUGAUGAGGAAAUAGAUCAUGUCCCAAGAUACAUUUCCGUCUAAAGCAGUUGCAACCAGUAAAACUCCUUUGUAUUUAUUCUUCAAAAAGGUCCCAUCGAUCACAAUAACCCGUCUCAUGACUCUGUUAAAUCCUCUUAUUGAUUGCCCAAAUGCAAUAAAUAGGUAACGAAAAUUCUCAUUUCCGUCAAUCUCAUAGGAUGCGUGUGUACCUGGAUUAGCCUCUCUCAGCAUGUGCAAGUAUUUUGGAAUUUUCCCAUAACUUCUCUCUGGAAUACCUCUAACUGCACUGAUCGCAUAUUCACGCGCAUCCCAUGCUAAAGAUUUUGAGAUCUCACAUCCAUGAUCACUACGCAUAAUCUGUAUGAUAUCAUUACAUUUCGGCCCUUCCUUGACGCCUACAUACUUAUGCAUAAUCAGACUGCCUAUAGUUUUUGCUGAAGCAGUCUUACCCGCUUUGGUUUUGCUUGAAGGUGCGCAUGUAUGUUUACCGACAUACUUCUUGAUCAUGAAAUAUGUAGAAUCCUUCAGACACUCUGCUCGAACACCCCAAUCGCAUGCAUUAUCCGCACAUCUAACAUACCAAAGUUGUCUAUCCGUUUUGAUAAUCUGGUAGUCAAAGUUAUGCUUCAUUGCACACAUCUCGAAAGUCGCCUUCAACAAAGUUUUGUUCUCAAAAAAUUGUCCGACCUUAACAACAUGGAGCAGAGAAAACUUUGACAUUUUAUGUAUGUUCUCUUUGUCAGAGAUCAUGGUAUCAGCAUCAUAGUCCCCAUCCUCGUCAACUGCGACUCCUUUCCGCUUUUCAUUCUUCUUCUUCCCCUGCCUCUCAGCAUACACAGGAGCUGGUUCGCCCCCACUGUCAAACAAGUUUUCUUUCUCUUCAUGAGUACAUGGAUCAGCUGGCGGUUUGUUAAGAUCAAAGGCUUCUUUAUUCGGAUUCUCAGCCUUGGCUUUACAUGUGACACACAAUCGAGUAGAAGCACUCUUUUGAACAAAUCGAACAAAAUUAUGAAGCUGUCGAUCGUUUGCAAUGAUCACAGGUGGACAUCCUGAAGUAUUGAUCCACUCAGCAGGUAGAUAACUUAACUUCAAAUCGACUAUGAUUUCUUCUUCCAUACCAAAAUCCUCCAAAACCAUCCUUUUUAAUUCAUCUAAAGUAGAAUUUGAUUCCACUAACAGUAGCCUAUCCCCUUUGCCGUCAGCCGAAAAAAACCAUCCCGUAGUUGCACCUAAUUCCCAAAGACCACAUAUUGUAUAGAUAUGCAUCUAAUCUAGAACAAAAGUUUCUGAAAAUCAAGAGAGAAAC